AUAGAAACUGUAAGUGAUCUAAAGCUAUGGAGUUUGCGUUCAGUUUCUAUCUCUGUAUUAGUCAUUUGAUGUUUCCUUGCGCGAAUGUGGUUUUUCGCCACGUAUCGUAUUCAUAUGCAUGGUCCGUUUUGUCAGCCAGUUGCUAUUUUGUUCGGUUUGGCGAUGAGAGUUAGUGGCUUAUUCAGAAAUAAUCGAGCAUAAAAGAAUUGCACGAGCUGUGGUUGUAAACGAAGAAACAUGAAUCCUAUGACCAAUGUGAAGAACAUUAAAAAAUUAAGUGAGCUUGAACUGAAACGGAAUUUGAAGACAUCAUGGCAUGACCAGUAUAAAGAUAGUGCCUGGAUUUUUGUUGGAGGUUUGCCAUAUGAUUUAACAGAAGGGGACAUUAUUUGCGUAUUCUCACAGUAUGGUGAGGUGGUUAACUUGAAUUUGGUUCGUGACAAAGCAACUGGCAAAUCCAAGGGGUUUUGUUUCCUCUGUUAUGAAGAUCAGCAUAGUACUGUGUUGGCAGUUGAUAACCUGAAUGGCAUAAAAUUGCUUGGCCGCACAAUACGUGUUGAUCAUGUGGCUGACUAUAAACCACCAAAAGAUUCAGAUAAACUGGAUGAAGAAACACGGAAACUUUAUUCUGAGGGCUGUGCACCAUCACGCAGCAUACUUCCUGUAAUGCGUGAGGAAGAGAACAAAGGUAAACCUAAGACAAAAUCGAAAAAGGAGAAGAAAAAGAAAAAGAAGAAGAAGAGAAAGCAGGUUUCAAGUAGUGAAGAGAGUUCAAGUGACAAUUCAAAUUCAGAUUCAGGCUCAGAAAGUGACAAAGAGAGUGACGACAGUAUUGUCAGCCCAUGCAACAAAAAACAUAAGCACAGCAGCAGGAAAGGUGCAAAGAAACGUAAGAAAAAGUCAAAAGUUGUAACAAGUGAUGGUGAUUCUUCAACAGAAAAUGAAACUAUUAGGGAAUCUCGCGAGAAGCGCCGUAAACUUGUAGAGAAAAUUAAAACUCUAGAGGCUGUGCUUAAUUAUACCAGAAAAGCAUCAAAGAAGGCAAGUGCCACAGAAGAGCCAUUAUCAAAGCCUAGGUCAGAUGAAUCGCUUGAGAAGGCACAUGUUGAACAUUAUAGUCGCAGAAGCGAAAAAAAUUCUACCACUGAACGAGGUGAUAAACAGAAGAAUACUUACCAUGAGAAUGGGACAUUAGACAGAAAACAAAAUCAUGGUGAUAGCACAUUCAGACGGCAGGAACAGGUAGGUGGAGAGAUUGUGGAGCGUGAUGAUAGGCAAUGGAAGAGAAGUGAUGAUACAGGUCCUUCAAGAGACAGAGAAAGGUUUCGAGCACAAGAGAGAAUCCAUGAUAAAGACAGAGAUUGGGAGCAUGACAGGUUCAGGUCACGUGACAAAGAACGAUUUACAAGGGAAAGGGGUCGUGACAGACGUUGGGAUAGGGGUCAAGAACGUUGCAGGAGGUGAGAGCUAUCAUAUUAUUUGUUAUUGCUAUUUAAAUUCUGCAGCUGUGCGCUAGCUAUGCCAAGUCAUGGAAGAAGCAGAAAGUGGAUUUAUAUGAAUUUCAUGUGAUGGAAAAGCAGCCUGUAAGCAUAAUAUGGAUCAUAAUAUAUACAUCAUAAAGUGUGUCAUUGGCUGACUGAUUUUACUGGCAGGGAAAGGUUUCGUUACAUUAUUUUUCUAAGAUGAACCAUUAAAUGCCAGGAUGUCAAUAGAGGCCAGCUUUUCGUACAGCAUCUUACUAUAUGGCAAUAGAACACAGUCUGUAAUUGUUGGUGAUCUUCAGCCAAAUAAGUCUAGUCUACAUUCUCACAGCCUAUUUCACUAAGAACCAUAUUAAUAUUAUUGUUCUGCCUCCUUUCUGGUCUUCUGCGUGCCCAUCUUAUUACAUACGUUCAACUCGUCUUAAUGUCCUAAUUAUACUCCAGCUUUGUGCUUUUUAAUUCUGUACUGUCAGCAGGACCAUCAUGGUGACCAUGCAAACUUAUGAGUUGGGAGCAAAACUAGUGCCAUUCAGUGUACAAUAACAUUAUGUUAACUUUUGUUUACAGUUUUGUGACUGGGUGAAAUAUUUAUGUUCUGGUUUCUGUUAUUUUGCAUUGCAACAUGAUGUGUGGUAUUACAAGGUUAUAGAUGUUCCAUCAGAUUUUGUGUAACAGGGUUAGAAUUUUUAAAAUCCUGAAAUGUUGGAUUGGUUUAAGUUAGGGUAUGUUGUGUUAUGUUGUUAUAUAAUGAAUGGUUCACUGUAAACAACAAAGCUUCAAAUAAAUACUGUUAUGAAAGUACA